AGGCUUACUUAAAAUAGUUUUUGUAUAUUUAUUUUGAGUAUUGCAGUAGAUACCCCAAGCUGUUUGACCCGUAAACAAUGUUCUGUUCAUUUUUACUUAUAGGCGGUAUUUUUUUGAUUAUUUUUGUUGUUUGUUAAAAGGCAAAGUUGAUCAUGUGCUUACGUGUUUUAGUUUGUUUUUAUUGUUAUUGCUUAAUAGGCGUGUGAAGGUGUGUGUAUUUGAACCCCACCGGUAGUCAGGGAUAGCCUAGGUGUUAAACUGGGUAGUUUUAAUACAUUUUUCAAAUGGGAAACUAUAAUUUUAAAGUUUUUUUCACAUCAAAAUAAUGUCAGUUUACUACUUCUUAUGUUUGAUGUUCUUAUAUACUCAUUUCAAGGGCAUUUUGUUAACUAUUGUUAACCAAUUAAAAGAUUUUGUAGUUAUUCGAAUUUUUAUUGAAGUAGUUUCCUCAAUCAUUAUUUAUUAAUUUGAAAAUAGCUAAUUAUAACUUCUUUCCGCUUGAUGAAUUAAUGUUUGAAGUUUUUUCCAUUACCUUACCAUGUUGCCAAGUCGAAAAGGUAACAUUCUCGGAUUUUUGUUAGGAGUUGCUUUACUAUUUCUCAAUAAUUUCCAAGGAUUAUAUUUGCCCCAAAAAUAUGACUGUGUUAUAAUUUUUUUAUAAUUGAUAUUUUCAAAUUGAGGUACUUUUGCUAUACAGUGAUAACCUAAUAUUUUACUGAAAGAUGUUAUUAUCUGUAUAAAUAGAUUAUUACUUCUUCAUUAUUAUGGCUAAUACAAGAUUAAAAUAUUGAUUCUAUUUAUGAUCUUAAUUUCAGGCUUAGAAGUAUUUUGUUUCUAUUUUUAAAAGUAUAAAACAUUUAGUGUUAGGAUAAAUUUCUUGUAUUCUUUCCAAUGCUAUAUUUUAUGCCAAGAAUUCUCUUUUAUUUCUUCUAAAUUUGUUGUUGGCUGAACCCAUACUAGUGAAAUUUGGUUAUUUUGUUGUAUUGUGAAAUCUGCGUUAGUUUUUUCCUUUUCAUAAGCCUUAAGCAAAAUUUUUUAGCACACAUGAAAUUUGCUUUGCAUAAUUAAUGAGAGGUUUCUGAGAACAAAUGAUGAACUCUACUUUAAAACCAGUAUUGCCUACAACUCAGACAACUUCACCAACUCCUAAUAAACCAAUGCACCCUCAAGGAGCUCCGGUAUCAUAUGGUCAGCCAUCAGGUCCAAUUCCCCAAAAUCCUUUUCCAAACACCAACGUGGCUCACAAUUCGGCAUCUCAACAAAACCAUUUUUCACUAAGUGGUAGUCCCCCUUUUAAUAUGGGCAGUAUUCCUGCUAGCAAUCAUCCUGUAGCUAUUAGCCAACCAUCAAGUGGUCAAGUUUAUAACCAACCCAAAAACGUGUCUUAUUCCAGUGGUUUUCAAAAUGCACAAAAUCAAAACACUUUACCUCCAGUCAGUCAGGCUUUGCCAGCAACUACUCCUCUGACAACUGCACCUAACCCCAUACAAAAUACAUCUGCAUCUAUUUCUAAUUCAACUACCCCAAGUACUGAAUCUUCAGAGGAAAAAUUACAACCUAAUGGGACAACACAAGAUGAUCCAGCACCAGUAGUUGAUAGACCUAAUAUUCAAGAGAACCAUGUUACUCCAGAAAUAGUUAGUACUGAAGAACCAAAACAAGAUACCGCGUCUCCAAGUCCGUCACAAGAAAAGACACCAGAAGAGCCUUCAUCAGAGCCUUUGAAUAAUAUUAACGAUGAUGAUGCUGAAACAUCAAAGGAAUCUGACAAGGAACAUAAUUCAUUGGAACCUGCUCCGGUGCCUGAACCUAGUCCAAGUCCAGUACCAGUUUCAGCUUCGACAACCACAAUAGUUUCUGUCCCGAUAACUGCAGAUGUACCUGAAACCUCAUCAACGUCAGUUUCUGAGCCUGUUGAAUCAUCUACUCAAAAGGAAGACGAAACUGAAACAGUUCAAAAUGAUUCAGUUUCAUCCGAUGUGGAAACUUCGAAGGAAACAAUAGAGACUGAUCCAUUAGCAAUAGAAACUCCAUCAGACAUGAAGCUUCCACAUGACCAAGACAAAAAUGUUCUGCUUACAGAAAGUAAAGAUGAAGGAAGCGAAGAUGAAGAACAAUCUAGUGACGGUAUAAGUGACUCUGAAAAAUGUGAAAAAGAUGAAGAUCCAUUGAGAAGAACCCCUAAAAGAAAAACGAAAGCCUCACCGCAGGAGCAGAAAAUAGAAACCAAAUCUCCAAUGACCAAAACUCCCAGUAUAUCAGGACAAACAAAACGACAAAGAAUAAUGACUCAGCACUACCAAAGCCCCUUACCGGAAAUUGAAAUAAUAACAAAAAUUAGUUCGUCUACACCACGCACUAAAAAUAAUGACGAUAAGUUGAUUUAUUUCUACAAAAACGAAUUUUUGGCUGUAAGAAAUACAGAGGGGGGUUUUUAUUUGUGUCAAGCUGUACAAAAUAUUUAUAAAUCAUCAUCAAAAAUUAAAAUUCGUUGGCUUUCACAAGAUAAAAGUGAUAAGAGUGGAGAAAUCUACACCCCAGAUUUUUAUGACUUAACUGACUUUGACUGUAUUCUAACUAGUAUAGAUUUAACUAGAGUCGGCAAAGGAAGGUAUAAAUUGAAACCUAAGGAGAAAGAGAGAACAGAUAGUAUUUUAAAGAGAUGUUUAGCUGUUGAAAAAGGAGAAAUUUCUCAACCUUCAGUAUCCGAGGAACAUCCAGACGGUUUGGAUAUAUCUUUAUACAAAGAUGAAGAACAGUUAGUGAAAAAUAAAAAUCGUGGUACAAAACGUAAGAGUCAACCCAGAACGGAGUCACCUAAAAAACAUGUUCCUAUCAAAAAAACUCCUGAAACUCCUAAAGUCAGAAAAGUAGAAACAAAACCAACUAAAAAUAGUGCAUCAACAAAAAAAGUUACACCCGCCAAAAAGUCAACAGCUCCAGAACCUAAAAAAACACCAACCAGAGGGAAGAGAAAAAGUGAUACAAAAACUAGUCCUGUUGUGGAUCCAAAAAAGGCUAAAGUGUUAGCCAGAAUUGGUAGGAAAACUGCAGUUACUGCUAGUAAUAGUAAGCUUCAAGCUGCUAAAAGUGGAAAAGUAUCAAAACCAACACCUUCUACUUCAAAAGUCACAAAAAUAACACCAACGAGCUCUAAAACACCACCAAGAAAAGCAGCCAAGAGGUCCUCAAGAAAGUAAAUAAAUUAUUUUUUCAGAUUUAUGUGUAUAUUUUUUUAUUUUUAUUUUAAAAUUAAUUUUUUAUGGAUUGAUUAACCUUAUAGAACAAGUAGAUGCAUAUCAUGAGGUUUUUUAAAAAUUUAUGAUAUGUGUUUUCAAUGAUGUUUUGAAUCAUGGACCUUUACAAAAAUAAUACUAAGAGUAUUGAUAGAAAAAUUAGUAUUUCAAUAAAAGGCCUUAUGAUCUUCCUUAACGAUUAGUUCAAAUUUUAAAUAAAACAUAUAAAAAGGUCCAUCUUUCAAAACGUUGCGAUGUUUAUAGUUACAUAUACUUAUACAUAUAAUGGCCAUUACACAGAGGGAAAUCUAUUUUGCGUUGUUUCAAAUGUAUUUAUUAGAUUCCUAAGUUUGUUUAUUUUUGGUGAUUUAUCAAUUUUCCAGUUGAUUAAUCUAGCGUUGUGAAAACCAUCCAGUACAUAUUCAAACAUUAUUAUAUAUUACACAUUUAAAUAAUUGUAAUAGAAACCUACAAGAAGUUAUUUAUUUAUUAAAACAGAUAUUCAAGACAUCAACAUAAUAUAUUGCAAAUUUUACUCAAUCUUUACAAUGUGGGAUGAGCUCAAAGGUUAUUUUGACGAAGAACUCACGUAUCAUUUUACUCUUAAAAUAGUGAAAAAAAGAUAUCCAAGCGUUAAUAUUGAAUAACUGCUCAAUCUUCAAGAUCCUUAGACAAACAACGAUAUAAAUUUUGAGACAUGUCAAAUUUCUAACAAUUUCGUAGGAAGUCGUUUCUCAUAAUUUUUUUUAAUUCGAAGCGCAUGAGAAACAAAUUCUGUAGCCAAAUAGACAAGAUUUGGUUGUCUUUUCAGUCCAAAUGAUCUCUAGCAAACUUUAGUCAUGCUCGAUGAAGUUUAAUUGUAGACACUCCGAGCCUCAAGUCGAACUCUACUCGUCACACAAAAUAUUGGCAAAGUUGUAAGAAACACACACACGCCCAAGGCGUCCGAUUUCUUUCCGUCUCAUGAAUUAUCUUAUGAUCUAAAAGUCAAAAAUGGUGCCACUUGUGAGAAGUUUUCUACAAUCAACACAACAGUAGUAGUGUACGAGUAAUGAAUCUUGAAAAAAUAACUUCAUAUCAGGUGAAAAUAUUGAACGACAACAAAAUUCAAUCCUUGAAAGAAACUUGCAGUUUUAUCCAAGUUACAUGUUAAUUAUGCAUUGAAGAGUGGACUAUAUAAAAUAUAACGCAAAUUCCUUGAAUUUGCAUAUUUUAACCAAAUUCCUUUGCUCUGAUCUCUAUUAUGUGAUCAUCAAAUCUUCUCAUUUCACAAAUUAAAAAUGUCAUAGUUUACAGCUAGAUUUAGCACUGGAAAAAAAUUGAUAUGUCAAAUGAACGAGCACAUUUCUAUUUUGUGGGUAUAUUGUGUAAUAUAAAUUUUUAUAGUAAGUUCAAAUAUAUAUUUUCAAUUUAGUAGAUAUUCCACAAUUGCAUAAAGAUUUAAAGUUGAGUGGGAAUAUUUCAUAUUCUGGGAUUUUUUUUUGUAAACCCGAACUUGGUGUAAAAAUGAUAUUACACUUACAUCAAAUAUACAAGGUGGUUCAUAAUUACAAACUAAAGUUGAUAGUAUGUCAAAAAAUAUGGGUAUUCCUUCAUGUACAAUAUUAAAAUUUAUUAAUAAGGGAGAUUGAAACCUUCAAAGGGUUGAAUUGAGAAUUUUUCUUUUUGAAAUAGCAGUCGUAUGGCUUUGAUUCGGGAAUUUCUAUUUUAGUAGUGAUGGAUUUGGAUGGUUUUUUUUAUUUAAAAAAUUUCCAUACAAAGAAGGUGCGCUUGUUUAAACUAUUUGUAUUCACAUAGUGGUGAGUGAUUAUACUCAUAAUCAUUUACAAAAUAUGAAUUCUAAAGUUAAACCCGUUUGGCAAAUAGAAGAUAGAAAAAAUAUUUUCCAUUCGUCGCAUAGGGAUGCAUAGAAUAAAGAAUAUCAAGAGAAGUACUAUUAUUUUUGAAUGUACUAUUAGCUAUUAGAAAUUCUUGUACAUAAUUCUCCUUGUAUAUUUUGUUAGUUUUUUUUAUUUUGUAUUUUUAGUUGCAAAUGAUACAAAACGAAGUAAUUCUAAAUGAGAUGCAAAGAGUACAUAUUUAAUAUUUUAAUUUUAUAUCAUAUUUAUUUUUGAAUAUUGACAAUUUCAUUGAAAUGUUUAUUAAGUUGUUAGUACUUUUUAAAUAUCGAAUUGAAUUUGUUAUUAUUGACUGUACUACUGAUGAAAAGUUGGAAAUAUAAAUAAAUGUGACUUUGUCUUGUGUGCAUUUGUUAUUGCUUACAGAAAGGUAUUGGAAAUAUAAAUUUUUGAUAGGUUUUUCUAAAAUUAGAAAACAUUUUUCUGGCAUUUUUUUUUCAAAAUAACAUUGAAACUUCAAAUCUUUAUUGAGUUCAAAAGGCUAUUUUUAUAAUAAACAUAUAUAAUACAAAUUUAAAUAUCAAUCUUAUUUAUAUUGAACAUAAUUUUGAUAGAAUUUCCACACAUUAUACACCUACAUUUUAAUAAUUUAUAUUUGUUCACCGAUGUAUUAUAUUUAUUGUGUGAUGUAUUUAUGUAAUGUAUUGAUACAUUGAUACACAAUCUGACAAGCAUUUUGUUUUUGAAAAGUGUUUAUCAAACAUAAACUGUAGAUUUUCCGGAGGUUCUGUGCUCAGUACUUUAGCCUCACUUUUUUUCUCAAAUAUUCAAAUUUUUGUAGUAGUUAUAACGUUUGUACAAAGACCAUUUCCCUCUCUCGGUUUUUAAUUUUUAUUGGAAUUUUGGAUUUGAUAGCGAACAUGUAUGUUGCAAUAAAUUUUUUUUAAAUACGAAAAAGCCAAAUUUUAUUUGAGUUAAAACGCAAGGUAGAACUGACUAAUCCUGUACAUAGACCACCAUGAGUUUGUUUCUUUGGGGUCAUUUUUCAGGAGAUAUGGUUCAGAUUGAAUAUGAAUGUUGUUAUUAAAAUUAGGUUAAAAAUUAUAUAAAUAUUCAAAAAUACUUAAUUAAAAUUGAUUUAACUAUCCAAUAAUGCACAUAUUUUCAUAAAAUGCCAAGUCAAGUGACAUAUUGAGCUCUUAUCUGAAAAAAACUAUUGACUAAACUUUUAUACUUGAAACCUGAUUUUGCGCAAAAAAUUACCUCCAAAAUGACUUUCAACAGAACUAUUACAGAUUUUUUCGAUGAAUCUGACUAAUUAUUGGAUUAGUGGUAAUUAUAGCCGUAAUAAACUACUGUUCAAUUAUGCAUUUUAAACAAACUUUGGUUGGAUUCCAGAACCAUUUUAAUCUCAUAUAUAGGUACUAAAACAGGCUUCAUACUUUGUCAAAAGUAGACAAAAAUUUAUUUAUUAAAAAUUUUCUUAAAAAUAUCUACAUGGUAUAAAUCCAGCCUAACCCAGGUAUUCGUUAAAAUUAUUUACAUAUAAAAAGACUAAUAAUGCAAUCAGUAAUUUUUGAGAAGUUAAUCACUAACAGAGUCAACCGUUGGAGUCAUUGAAAAGACCUACAUCAUUUUUUUAUCCUAAACAAACAACUUCACAAAAAGUAGAUACAUUUUACACAUCGAGGAUUCUCCAUGACCAUCAAGCUGAACAGCAAAACUUAAUUUUUUUUAAUUUGAUUCCAUGUGGAUAUUCGAUAUUUUAAUUUUCUUAACUAUUUAUCCAGUGAAAUUGUCAAUAAAAUACGUAUAUAUGUAUUUUUACGGGGUGGAAGAGGGAAUAUUUCAUUAGGACAUCUGAAACCCCUUCAUUUCGCAUUAGUAUUAUUAUUUUUUUUUCGAUAAGUACUCAUUUUUUCAAAUGUACAUUAAACUACACGUAAGACAAAAUGUAAAGUACGUAUAAAUAUGAAUAGAUUGAAACUAUCAACAAAAA